UAGCCCACCCCCUCAACCCUGCAGUCUCGCCAUGUUUUCCUGGGGGCUGAGCUGUUUGUCCAUGCUGGGGGCUGCCGGCACCGCUCUUCUGUGUGCCGGUCUGCUGCUUGGCCUGGCCCAACAGCUCUGGACCCUCCGCUGGACUCUGAGCCGUGAUUGGGCCUCCACCUUGCCCCUACCCAAGGGCUCCAUGGGCUGGCCAUUCUUCGGUGAAACGCUGCACUGGUUAGUUCAGGGCUCUCGUUUCCACAGUUCUCGCCGAGAGCGCUACGGGACAGUGUUUAAGACGCACCUUCUGGGCAGGCCGGUGAUCCGGGUGAGUGGUGCUGAGAACGUGCGCACCCUCCUGCUGGGCGAGCACCGCCUGGUGCGGAGCCAGUGGCCGCAGAGCGCUCACAUUCUGCUAGGUUCACACACACUCCUUGGCGCGGUUGGCGAGCCCCAUCGGCAACGGCGUAAGGUCCUGGCGCGCGUGUUCAGCCGCCCCGCUCUGGAGCAAUUCGUGCCACGGCUGCAGGGGGCGCUGCGGCGAGAGGUGCGCUCCUGGUGCGCUGCCCAACGACCGGUGGCUGUUUACCAGGCGGCCAAAGCGCUCACCUUCCGCAUGGCCGCGCGCAUCCUGCUGGGUCUGCCGCUGGACGAAGCACGAUGCACCGAGCUGGCCCAGACCUUUGAGCAGCUGGUGGAGAACCUCUUCUCGCUGCCCUUGGACGUACCGUUCAGCGGUCUGCGCAAGGGCAUCCGGGCCAGGGACCAGUUGUAUCGGCACCUGGAUGAGGCCAUUGCUGAGAAGCUCCUGGAGGAACAGACAGCAGAGUCAGGUGAUGCCCUGCACUUGAUUAUUAGCAGCUCUAGGGAGCUGGGCCAGGAGCUGUCAGUGCAAGAGCUGAAGGAGUUGGCUGUGGAGCUCCUCUUCGCGGCCUUUUUCACCACGGCCAGCGCCAGCACAUCCCUCAUCCUGCUGCUUCUGCAGCAUCCAUCAGCCAUCACCAAAAUCCAGCAGGAGCUGUCAGCGCAGGGGCUGGAGCGCGCGUGCAGCUGCGCUCCCAGGGCCUCAGGAUGUCGACCGGACUGGGACUGCGGCUGUGAGCCGGAUCUUAGCCUGGCGGUGCUGGGUCGUUUGCGCUACAUCGACUGCGUAGUGAAGGAGGUGCUGCGCCUCCUACCGCCGGUGUCCGGGGGCUACCGCACUGCGCUGCGCACCUUUGAGCUGGACGGUUACCAGAUCCCCAAAGGCUGGAGCGUGAUGUAUAGCAUCCGAGACACGCACGAGACAGCCGCAGUGUACCGUAGCCCGCCCGAGGGCUUCGAUCCCGAGCGCUUUGGCGUGGAGAGCGAAGACGCGCGGGGCUCCGGUGGCCGCUUUCAUUACAUCCCGUUCGGCGGCGGCGCGCGCAGCUGCCUGGGCCAGGAGCUAGCGCAGGCGGUACUGCAACUGCUCGCCGUCGAGCUGGUACGCACCGCACGCUGGGAGCUGGCCACACCUACCUUCCCUGUAAUGCAGACCGUGCCCAUCGUGCACCCGGUGGACGGGCUGCUGCUCUUUUUCCACCCUCUUCCGACUUUGGGUGCGGGGGAUGGGUAACCCUUCUGA